UGAUGGCGUCAUCAGCUCGCGCCCAACUGAGCGUUGGUCAGUCAGGUAAACAGAACGGAAUGGGGAAUGUUAAAAAAUCUUGAUGAGAUGGAGAUUUUUCGGAACUGGACGCCGUCGAUUCUCCAGGAUAUAUGUGCAGAAAUUUCAAGAGGGACUAAAGAGACCAUAAAUACUACUAACAAGUACAUUUGUGCGCUAAUGCGGUAGUUAGCCGGAUGGCUAAACAGUGCGACUGGUAGACAAACUUAGUGUUGUAAAUAAGGAAAUAGUCCGACUUUUCAAUCCAAAGUACGGAUGAACUUGAUUCGUAGUUUAUGUGAAGAGCUGUGCAAACGUUUAAAGCAGAAUGUUAAUUCAACAGUAAAAUACAUAAGAUAAAGGGAUCUACAGUCUCUUCAAGUUAAAAAAUUAUAUAGGCGGUUGUUUAUUUUUAAGAGGCUCCAAAAAUCUGUCCUCUUAAAAAUAUUUCAAAUGGGGAGAAACUGGAUCAGAAGACAAGCAAGUUGUGGUUUUGUCAUGGUGCUGGCAACUGUGAUCUUCUGCUUUUUGAUUGGAGUCACUGGUCAAGAUGGACAGGCCAUGUCUGCAGAGGAGAAGUCCAAAAUCAGGGACCAGAUUUUGGAAAUGUUUGAUCAUGCCUAUAACAGUUACAUGAAAUAUGCCUACCCAGCAGAUGAAUUAAUGCCCCUCAGCUGUAAGGGAAGGGUGAGAGGGCUUGAACCAAAUCGAGGGGACAUUGAUGACUCUUUAGGAAAGUUCUCUUUAACGUUAAUCGACUCUUUGGAUACUCUUGUGCUGCUUAACAAACUGGAUGAGUUUGAGGAGGGUGUGAAGAAGACGAUCAGUGAUGUGAGAUUCGACAAUGACAUCGUCGUCUCUGUUUUUGAAACCAAUAUCCGCGUGCUUGGUGGCUUGUUGGGUGCACACGUGAUGGCAGGUGUUUUAAAGCAGCGAGGAGAAAAGAUGCAAUGGUACAGAGAUGAACUGCUGCACAUGGCCAAAGAACUGGGCUACCGCCUCUUACCUGCCUUUAACACCACCAGUGGCCUUCCUUACCCUCGGGUAAAUCUGCGCUAUGGAGUAGUCGGCCCUCUUUCCCGUACGGGCACCGAGUCGGACACCUGCACUGCUUGCGCAGGGACUAUGAUCCUGGAGUUUGCAGCUCUUAGUCGUCUGUCUGGGGACACGAUAUUUGAGGAUCACGCUCGGAAAGCUCUGGACGUUCUCUGGGAGAAAAGGCAAAGAGGAAGUGACCUUGUUGGCACGGUGAUCAACAUCCACAAUGGAGACUGGGUUCGCAGGGAUAGUGGUGUCGGUGCUGGUAUUGACUCUUAUUAUGAAUACUUGAUGAAAGCUUAUAUUCUUCUUGGGGACAAAGUUUACCUUGAGAGAUUUAACACACACUACAGUGCCAUUAUGAAGUACAUCAGCCAGCCUCCUCUACUGCUCAACGUGCACAUGCACAACCCCACCGUGCACGUGCGCAGUUGGAUGGAUUCAUUACUCGCCUUCUUCCCUGGACUGCAGGUUCUGAGAGGAGAUUUAAAACCUGCCAUUGAGACUCAUGAAAUGCUGUACCAAGUGACAAAACAGCACAAAUUCCUCCCUGAAGCCUUUACCAGCGAGUUCAGAGUUCACUGGGGGCAGCACCCUUUAAGACCAGAGUUUGCUGAAAGCACAUACUUUCUUUAUAAGGCCACAGGUGAUCCGUACUACUUGAAAGUAGGCCAGUCUAUAGUUGAGAAGUUGAACACUCAUACGCGGGUUCCAUGUGGCUUUGCUGCGGUACAGGAUGUAAGGACAGGCUCGCACGAGGACAGGAUGGAUUCCUUCUUCCUGGCUGAGAUGUUUAAGUACCUCUACCUUCUCUUUUCUGAGAAGAGUCAACUGCCAAUAGACAUUGAUGAUUAUAUUUUCACUACUGAGGCUCACUUGCUCCCAGUGUCUCUGUCCAAGGCCCAGCCCCCCUGUCAUAGCAACAAUACAGAAUCUCAAGCAUCACGUGAAGAUGAUUUGUUUUUAUACUCCUGUCCCAGCGCUCAGACUCUGUUCCCCAACAACCCCACUUUUGCCAAGACUAUUAGGGACGGCUACAAAUACCUCACGGGUGUUGGCAGAUCUCAGCAGACUGCACCUAUCAGUGGGAUUGAGCUGCCUCUUCAUGACACAGGCCUGGAACCUCUGGAGUUUCUGAAAAGCAUUGGUAUCUCUUUAGCGCCUCUCACUGAAUUGGGCUCCUCCAUCCGAGCAUCAGCAACCCAGGACUCUCAGAAAGGUGUGUACAAGUUGAAGCUGGUCGCGGAGGUGAGCCAAGCCCCCGAGCAGGAAGAAGUGACACCGCUAAUUGUGCAGCUCAUUUCCCCUCCAUUUUUGGGUAGGACUGUACUUACAGCUGGACCAGCGAAGUUUGGAAUGGACCUUACCAAACAAGAGCACGGGGUGAAGGGCAGUAUUGCAAAAAGUGAUCCAUACACGGCAUGCGGGCCAAUUCAAAACGCUGUAGAGCUACAGGGACACAUAGCACUGGCAUUGAGGGGAGACUGCAUGUUUGCUGUCAAAGCUCGACACCUACAGGAAGCCGGAGCAGUCGGGGUGAUCUUCAUUGAUCACAGAGAGGGCACCAGCAGUGCUGAGACUCCGCUCUUCCAGAUGGUUGGAGAUGGAGACUCCACAGAUGACAUCACAGUUCCCCUGGUGUUCCUCUUCAGCAAAGAGGGAGCUACACUGACUGCCGCUCUACAGGAACAUCACAAUGUAGACGUUCUCCUGCUGCCCAAAGAGAAGCAACUGGGUAAAGAGAAACCUGAGAAGUUAAACAUAAAGUUUCGUCUGACCAAGGAGGGAGAGUUUGGUGAAGGGGAGGUGGAGAGCACUACAAUCAAGUUCGUGCUGGAGCAAAGUGAAGUGACUACAGAGACUGAUGCUGAAGGAAAAGACGCUGCUGCUGCUUCCUCAACAGGGACCUGCACCCCUCCACAGAAAGACCCUGAACUCAACCCCUGACAAAAGGAUCAACCUCGGACCAUGAUUUUCUUUUACAGAACACAGAGCUUGUGCUCCCUGACCUCAGAUCAGAAAACACAGGAGAACCUCUUUCUCCUACGCUUUUGACUUUUCUCUGUGAAUAUGUAAAGAGGGUCUUACUUUGUGUAAUUUCUAGAUUGAGAGGUUUGGACAUGCAAAUACUGUCUGAUAUCGUGCUACUGUUGUUGCAGGAUGUUUUGUACUGUUGAGAUGUUCAAGACGGCAGGAUGAUAAAAUAAUGUUUUCUCAAACCAGUUAUUCUAAAUCAUAGUUUAUUUAAUGUUUAAUUCUUAUUUUAAGCAUCUCGAAGUCUUUAUAACUUCCUUAAAGAGACGGUUCAUCCAGAAAUGAAAAACUUUUCAUUAUAUACUCACUCUCUUAUCGCUUCAAACCUUUAAGACUUUCUUAUUCUUUUUAGGAUUAUAUGUUUUAUUUCAUGUUUUUCUUUAUAGCAGGGAUUCUAUGACCAAACCCCAAAAAACAGUGUUAUAAUCUAUAUAUAACAGAGAGUGUUUAAUGAGGGAGAAUGGAGCAAUAUAGUUUUUAUAUACAGUUUAUAGACCGAAAUAUCAGGGACAUGAAACACCUAUGACUUGAAUAUGUUUGCAUGUGUGUGUGUUGGAGAUGUGAGGUAGCGUUGGUCAUUGUUACAGACUGUGCAUUUUAACAUACGCCAAUAUGAAAUCUGUGUGUUUGUUUAUGUGUGUGUGUACAAAUAAUCAGCUGAUGUGUUUGUCCUCUACACAAAGGAGAUUUUGCCUUGCUACAUCAUCUACCCUGAACACAACAUUGCCUACAGUAUCUCCCACAUUUGAAGCUUUCCCCGUCUCUUUUAUGACAGAGCGGGACACACAACACAUCAAACUAUCAUGAGGUUUACAUGAUGAUAUUUAUUUGUGCAAUGAUAGACAUUUCAUCUGUAUAGUGUGUGUACUACUCUAUGUACAGUCUUACAAUCAAGACAGAAAACACAUGCUUUGUUGCCAUGACAUAGAUCAGACUGCAAUGUCUUACUAGAUGUCAAACAUAACUGUUAUUUAUGGUCCAGUGUCAAAAGGAUGUAAUCUUUACCUCUUAUUUUACAAGGGCUUAUGACCAAUUCACUUGCGUGGGGACCGUGGGUACAUAGUACAAAUCAGAUGGCAUUAUAUUUAUUAAGAUAUUUUCUGUACAUUACUUGAGAUUGUAAUUGUUUAUGCAGGACCAAAGUCAUGAAAUGUUUAAGUGCGGUGGAAGGUGUGAGAUUUUAAUGGUGUCUUUUAGGAGCUGUUUUUGUAUGACUGAUAAAAGAAUGAUCGAGCCCUGCCAUUAAAAUCAAGUUAUCAAAACUG